AUGGCUCACCUCUUCCUGGCCAGCAAGACGGUCCCGCCAGAAGACGGCAACCUGGCGUCUUUCUCCUACGAGAAGCUUAGCUCGGUCGGUAAGGAUGGCGAUGCUGUUGUCACGGCGACUUGGGUCCCGCAUAUCAACGAGGCGCAGCUCCUGAGCGCCGCCACGGGGGGCGCCGAGAUGUCCUGCUACCGCUGCACGGUCCCUUUCGGGUUGGUGAUUCUCAUCGCCGGGGUGGUAGUGACAGGGGUGGCCUACACCUUCAACUCCCACGGGUCCACCAUCUCCGUCUUGGGGCUGGUGCUCCUAGGGGCCGGACUGGGCCUGCUGGCGGCUAGCGUUGCCUGCUGGAAGCUCCGAAAACGCGGGAAGAGGGACCAAAGGAGGAGGGAGAGCCAGGCCGACCUCGUGGUCGGCCAAGGGUACGAAGACGCUGCCAGGCUUGGCUUCGGGGCUGAAAAAUGA